AUGGGCUGUGGAACUUCUGCUAAUAAUGAAACCGUCGAUACAGAUAGUAGAAAAGAUAUCGAUGAUUUAAUGGGUAAGAAAAUACCAAAAGUAAUUAUUCGUUAUUGAAGUUAUAGUUUCUUAUACAACCUUAAUAUAGUACUUAAGGAGUAUAAUAAUCAGAGAUGUCUGAUGGAGAGGACUAAAAAAAUGAUAUUCAAGGUGAUUAUCAUAGACAAGGAAAAAAAGCUUAAAAAAAGUUUAAAGGUGGGGAUGAACAAAAUGUUCAAAUAGUGGAAAAUAUUAUUAAGUUAGAUAAGACAAUACAAAGUAAUAUAUUCAUAUUAAUUAUAUAGAGAGUGAUAGAUAAAUGAUAGAGAAGAGUUUCAAGAGUCAUUUUGUAUUUUUUAAUUUGACUCAAUAAGCCAUUGAUUAUCUUAUUAAAAACUUAGUGUUUUGUACAUAGAAAAGAGAUUAGUUCAUCUUUUAAUAAGGAGAUUAAGUAUAUAAGCAAAUGAAUUUUAGGCUACUUCUUACUUUAUUGUAUAGAAAGGACAAGCUGAAGUUAUAAUCAACCAAAAAUAAGUUAAAGUGAUUUCAGAAGGAGAAUAUUUUGGAGAGAUUGCCUUAUUGUACAAUGCAACAAGAAGUGCUUCAAUCAAAACAAUAAGUAUUUAUAUUUCUUAUAUGUUUAGCUGACUGUAAUUUUUGGAUGCUAGAUAGAGGAACCUUUAGAAAGGCAGUUGAAGAUAUGAUGAUUAAAGAGUAUGAUGAGAAUAGAAAGUUUAUAAAUGAAGUUACAUUCUUCUCUUUUAUGACACCUGAAUAAAGAGAUUCAAUUGCUCAUGCAUUAAUUACAACAAAAUUUGAACCAGGAGAAACCAUUGUAAAUGAAGGAGAUUAAGCAGAUUCAUAUUAUGUAAUUAAGUCAGGCACAGUUGGAGUUUUCAAAGGAAAAAAAUAAAUAAAUACAAUGGGACCUAAAGAUAGUUUUGGUGAAUAAGCCUUAUAUGAGAAAAGCACAAGAGGAGCAUCAGUUAGAGCUGAAUCUGAAGUUAAGUGUUUAGCAUUGGGAAGAGAUAAUUUAACUAAAAUAUUAGGAGAUAAAGUUUAGUUGAUUAUUUUUAAUAAUAUUAUGAGAUGGAGUCUUGAAAAAAGUAAUAUUUUAAAUUAAUUAACAAAAUUAUAAUAAGAAAAGAUUACAUUGAAAGCUAAGAUAUAAAAUUAUAAAAAAGGAUAAGUAAUAUUUUAAAAAGAUACUAAAUGUGAAUAAUUAGUAAUAGUACUUGAAGGAACUUUAUAAAGUGAUGAUGACAAAAUAGGUAAGGGAAAUUGUUUUGGUGAUUAAUAUCUAUCAUAAAAUAAGAAAAAUGAUUAGUUAUCAAGUGAUUAUUUAAUGGUUACUGAUGGUGUUUUAGCAUCUAUUUCAUUUACUUAAAUGUUUAAAAUACUUGGAGGAGAUUUUGAAACAGCAAUAUAAAAGAAAUUUGAAUCACAUGAAGUAAAAAUUAAAAACAUUGCGAAUAGAGCAGAUGCUUCUCAUAUUCGUGUUGAGGAUCUUGUUUUUAUUAAGAAAUUAGGAUCUGGUUAAUUUGGAUGGGUUUAUCUAGUUAAACAUAAAGAUAUAGAUAGUUGUUAUGCAUUAAAAAGUGUAUCUAAAGCUUCAAUUGUUGAAUAAAGUUUAGAAAGACAUGUUUUACAAGAGAAAAUGGUUUUAGAAUUAUGUAAUUUCCCUUUUGUAAUGUAAUUUGUAAGAACAUUCAAAGAUGAAAUAUCUGUUUAUUUUCUUGUCUAAUAUAUUAGAGGAAUGGAAUUAUUUGAUGUAAUUAGAGAGAUUGGAUUAUUGAAUAAAGAAUAAACCUAAUUUUAUGUUGGAACUAUGAUUUUAUGUUUAGAAUAUCUCCACUCUAAUGGAAUUGUCUAUAGAGAUUUGAAACCUGAAAAUAUUAUGGUUAAUUCUGAUGGUAUUAUGAUUUUAAUAGAUCUGGGAACAGCUAAAUAAAUUAGUAAAGCUAAAGGAUAAAGAACAUAUACUAUUAUUGGCACUCCACAUUACAUGGCCCCUGAGAUCAUUCUUGGUAAGGGUUACUCUUAUCAUGUUGAUUUGUGGAGUGUUGGAAUAUGCUGUUAUGAAUUUCUAUGUGGAGGAGUGCCAUAUGCUGAGGAUAUUGAGGUAAUCUAUAUAUUUAUAGAGUAGGACCCAUAUGAAAUAUAUGAAGAAAUCAUGAAUAGUUAAUUAAAGUUUCCUCAUUUCUUUAGAGAUCGAUCAGCUAAAAGAUAUAUUGAAUAAUUAUUGUCUAAAUAACCUGAAGCAAGAUUAGGAACUUCAUAUGCUGGUUUAAAAGCUCAUGCUUGGUUUGAUGAUUUUGAUUGGGAUAAAUUAUUCAGUCAUUAAUUACAACCACCUGUAUGUAUAUAUAUGUCACACUUUUAGUACAUUCCUCCUAAAGAGAGAUUGAUUGGCGUUUUUGAGAUUGAUAAAAAAUUCUAAUAAGGAAAAUUAGUUGUAUAAGAGAUUAAGGCAGAAUAGCAAUAACAGAAGAUAAAAUAUAGAAAAGAAUUAGCAAAAGAUCCAAAUUGGGAUAAAUCAUUUUGAUGU